AGAUCUCCUGUAUUCUGGCUGUGCUACACAAGAGAGUUGAACAAGCUGGAGGAGGCAGCAGAUGCAGCUCACACUUUCUUCAUGGCAAACCCUGAGCACAUGGAAAUACAGCAGGAUAUUGAGAAUUACAAAACCACGGCAGGGAAGGUCAACUUGAUUGACCGAGAGGCCAAACCGCACAUGGAAGACUACAGUGCUGGGGUAAGGCACUACGAUAAGGAGGAGUACGAGCUGGCCAUUGAGUUCUUGGAGCGUGCAUUAAAAGAGUACUACUCUGAGGAUGAGGAGUGCCAGAUCAUGUGUGAAGGGCCUCAGAGGUUUGAGGAGCAUGAAUACCUGGAAUAUAAGGCUGGCCUCUACGAAGCUAUUGCAGAUCACUACAUGCAAGUCCUGAUGUGCAAACAUGACUGUGUCCGAGAACUCGCCACACGUUCAGGACGUAUUUCACCCAUUGAAAAUUUCCUUCCUCUACAUUAUGACUACUUGCAGUUUGCCUAUUACAGAGUCGGUGACUAUGUAAAAGCUCUGGAGUGUGCCAAGUCCUACCUCCUCUUCCACCCAGAUGAUGAAGAUGUCUUAGAGAAUGCAAGUUAUUAUGAGGGCCUUUUGGAAGGUACUCUGGAUCCAGACACCGUCAAGCCCAGAAAGGAAGCUAAAAUGCUGCUGAGGCGCCAUAAGCUGGAAUCUCACCUCUUGCAGAUGGCUGCAGCCGGCCUUGGGUUCGUCUACACAGAGCCGAACUACUGGAACCGGUACGGAGCGCGUCAGGAUGAGCACAGUGUCCCAUCAAGUAUUAGCAGUGAACCAGAGGAUGGGCCCAGGCUGUCCCUGGGAAAGAAACCCGUGUCAAAAACAGAUCGAGAGUUAAAGGAGGGGGGUCCUCUUCUCUACAGCGAUGUGAAGUUUGUCUACAACUCGCAGCAGCUGAAUGGCACCCAGAGAGUGCUAUUGGAUAAUGUCAUCUCAGAGGAGCAGUGCCGAGAGCUUCAGAGGGUGGCCAGUGGGAUCAUGUUGGCUGGAGAUGGUUACAGGGGCAAAACCUCACCCCAUACCCCAAAUGAGAAAUUUGAAGGAGCCACUGUCCUCAAAGCCCUAAAGUAUGGCUACGAGGGUCGUGUCCCACUGAAGAGUGCCCGUCUUUUCUAUGACAUCAGUGAGAAGGCUCGCAGGAUUGUCGAGUCCUACUUCAUGCUGAACUCCACACUGUACUUCUCCUACACACACUUGGUCUGCCGUACAGCACUGUCUGGCCAGCAGGAGAAGAGGAACGACCUGAGCCAUCCCAUUCAUGCUGACAACUGCCUCUUGGACCCAGAGGCCAAUGAGUGCUGGAAGGAGCCUCCUGCCUACACCUUCCGGGAUUACAGUGCUCUUCUGUACAUGAAUGCGGAUUUUGAAGGAGGCGAGUUCAUCUUCACUGAGAUGGAUGCCAAAACUGUAACCGCCUCUAUCAAGCCCAAGUGUGGGCGAAUGAUCAGCUUCUCGUCGGGUGGUGAGAACCCCCAUGGGGUGAAAGCAGUUACGAAAGGCCAGAGGUGCGCUGUGGCUCUCUGGUUUACCUUGGACCCACUUUACAGAGAGCUGGAGCGAAUCCAGGCAGAUGAAGUGAUUGCGAUGUUGGACCAGGAACACCUAGGACCCAGUGAAAUGAACAUUAACCCGAAGGAUGAGCUAUGAACUAGGCCAAAGACUUUUUCUAUUAAAUAUUUAUUUAAUAUUGUUAAUCUUAUUAGAACCUUUCUAUUUUUGUACAGAGCUGCUGUAUAAAUUAACAGGUUAAUAUGAUUGUGGAGUUUCAGAAGUGCCUCUUCUGUGUUUAGCACAGCUCUUGUUGGGACCCUUUAUUUCUGUGCCAACAUCUCCAGCUAGGACUGAUUUUUCCUCUUGGAUUUCCUGUCCUUCCCUAGCACGUCUCAGGACUCAUUCAAACCCACCAUACCCACUUGGAAGACCCUCUUUUUUUUUCUCUUCUUCAGGCAGAAGUAGCUGCUUCUCUUCAGUUCCUGCUGGGAGAUUUGUCUCCAGUGUGAUGAUGGAGCCUUGACAAAUCCCCUCUUCCUAUCCCUGUUGAGUGCUGGCUGAAGACCCAGAUGGUGCUGCCCUGAGGGAAACUGUCACCCCUCGGAUGGGGUGCUCUUCUUUGAGCACACAUCAGUUAUGACUGCUCUUUUCGUGCUGUCUUCCCUCUCAAAACCCUUUACCAUUUGGAGUAUGCUUGUUGUUAAGGAGACUGCAAAGCAAAAUCUAACACCGAACAAAAUGCAUAUCUCUCUGUAGUCAUGCAAAGCUGGGGUUUGGGCAUAAAUUCAUACCUGACUUUCCAGAAACCGCCUGCUGAGCAGAGGCAUGGACUGUGCACAGGUAUCAAGGGUCUUGGUUUGCAACUGCCUCCAGUGAAACAGGGCCCGUCACUUUUGUUCAGUUCUUUCUUUUGCUAAUGGCUUGGGAUGCAGGAAGGAAACUGCCUCAUGCCUCAUCCUUUAAGCUUCCAACCCAGUGCUGCUGCUGCUAGAACCCAAGGUUAAAAGAUCAUAGUUUCUAAGUCCAUAUUCAAAAGCAUCUGAAGGUCUGAGGGACAUUACAGUGCCACUAUGUUGGGUGCAGCUUUGUCUGUACUCCUGAGGUAUCAUCGUCUGCAUCCUCCCAUCUCAACAGUGCAGAAACAGCAGCUGUUUAUGAUGCAGUAGUGUCUAUUUACUUAAAAUAUUUCUGACCUAGUCUGAGGGUAUUGCAAUGAAAGUAUGUGCUGCUUACCACAAGAGAAUUACUAUGCAAGUAACUGCUGCUAAGCUAGCAAUUCGUUCUUCUCCCUGACUCCUGGGCAUGAGACCAGAGCAGCCCCUACUAAAAUGAGAACAAGCACUAAAGUCUCAGAAUUCCCUGGGUCCCAGCCAUAGGGACAGCUUUUUUUUUGGCCCAGGAGAUGCUAGAAGCAUUCCUAAAAGCCAGGUUGCAGCAAUAUCUUCACUGCUGAAUUUCCUACGAUGCUGGUAUCUCUGCAGAAAGCGCUGUAGGGAUCUUGGCUUGAAUUUGCCUCGAGCUCUCAGACCAGCUUAGCUCAGCUCCCUGCUGCAUUGGCUUGGCACUUACUUAGCCUUUUCUGUUCCUCUGUGUCAGCGUUGGCAUUUUCAGCACUUAAAAUCUGCAACAGAGAAUUUGCUUUUCUCUCUGUUGUUGCUGCUUGUCCAAGUCUCAGGCUUGGUAGCACUCUUCUUGCUCUCGGUCCCUAACUAAGAAGGCCAUUUGCAGGAAUGAUCCUUUUGCAGAAACCACUUCAAAAGCUAACUCAUGGCAGGAUACAGGAGUGCUCAAAGCAUCUGGAAAAACAAUUGCCCAGACUGUGAAGGAGGUACCAUUACUGUCAAGCAAACUGUGGAAGGAUCGUUUGCUGCACAUCCUUCACAGUCAAAUCUGUGAGGGAGAAAGCUUAGAGUGUUUCUGAGCCACCUUUGUGGCCCAUUUCAUUGAGGUUUUUCUCUCCCUUCCUAGUAUACUAUACUGCUGGGUCCCAGAGCGAACGCCCACACAGUUUGCCUUUCAGUGACCCAUCUCUGUUUAGAUGUCUCCCAUGUAAAUCUUCAGAUCCCUUUUUUUAAAAUAGCCAAAGGAAAAGAUUGGGAGGAAGGAAAGGAGGACAGAUGGAGAGCUGAAGUGCCAGGCAUGUUUUGCUCCAUCUGCACCAUGCCUUGCAUGCAAGGCCUGACUCCCUUAGCACUGCUGUCACCAUCAGCAUGAGUUUGUGUUGCUCCCCACAGUUCAUUCACAUACUCCUGACAAACAGGUCAGCUUUCAUAUCUUGACAUCAUCUGCCCGAGCACAACCUAGGUGCUGCUGCCGCUUCCAACCAGCAUGAUGUGCUUCAGGGUCCCAGGCUGCAUGGAGCCGGCUGCCUUAUGGCAGCUGGUCCCUUUGUGGGAAGGGACAAGGGGCUGUCUUUGCACCUGUGUGCCCCCUUUGCAGGUUGUGAUUUGUUUGCUGCUGUGGUAGUUAGCCAGAGCUGUGUCUAAAUUCAGGGGAAAUAAACAGAAGAUAACAGCCUA